AUGGAGGUGGACUUCCUUGUACUGUGGGUGCACUAUCACGAUAUUCUCGGCAAGUUCACCUCGAGACAUUGGAAGGUUCAGUCUGCAGAAAAUGCAUCCUUAUUCAAAGUCCCAGGCAUGGCUUCCACUCUGGUCUCCUCGGUAGCCAAUGAAUCGGUGGGCAUCGAAAUAUUUUGUGGCGUGAAGUUUGAACUGACAAAUGCCCAGGUCCUUGGCAUCUUUGGCUGCUCGCUGGAGAUGAUCAACAUUAUCGCUAGAAUGGCGAAUAUCACGCCUUAUACUAUAAAGCCCGACAGUGUUCAAUACGCCGAGCAGAAUAUUUUAAGUUCCAUCGAGCAUGACUUGAUGACAAUUAAGCAAGCCACCACGUAUCUCCAAGGAACAAGCACUCCCGAGGAAGUGGACCACGCGAGUAAAGUCUCCCAACUAUACCGACUCUCAGCUUUGAUCUACUUCGAGCGUGUAUUGACGAACUCGUCUACUGGCCGAUUGACAAGAUGGGUCUCUGAAGCUUUCGAACUCAUUCCGCAGUUGUCUCUAUGCGAACGCCCAUUUCCACUGUUUUUUGUAGCCUGUGAAGCAAAUACUGAAAUGCAACGCGGGCUGAUUCUUUCUCUUUUGAGAAGAACAGAGCAACAAUUGAGCCAGUGGAGGUUACAUGACCUACAAGGGAUGAUAGAAUCGAUGUGGGUACAACAUGACCUCUCUGCAGAUUUGGAGGAAAUGAACUAUGUGGAAUCCCUGAAUGCUGUGUUGUCUUCGAGCAAACUUUUACCAACAUUAGCAUGA